AUGGAGAAGGCAAGCCUGGAACAGAGAACAUUGCGGCAGUUUGACGCCCUCUUCCAAUUCCGCGCAGCAACCAGCCUGAGCAUCAAGCCAAUCCUGGAAAGUAACGAUCCUGGUCGAACAGAAGAUCGCAAUGCGUUCUCGGACGAUGACCCUGACUUCUUUCUCGAGCAUGUUGGCCCGGCACACACUCUAAUACUCAACAAAUUCUGUGUCGUGCGGCCACAGUACAUUCUCCACACCAACGUCUUCACCCCACAAAGCGAUAGCCUCUCUGAGAAUGAUUUAUCCGCAGCUUGGAGCGUGUUCUCUCGUCUGGAAAUGCCGCAUAUUAUCAUAUAUAACUGCGGUGUUGAAGCUGGUUCAUCACUGGGCUAUAAACACCUACAGAUUCUCCCUCGACCGCCGAAGCAGGAAUUCGAUUUCUUUCCCAACACAAUCGGUAUCUCCGAAGAUACUUGCACCGUACCUGGCAUUCCAUUCCAGCACGCUGUGAAAAGGCUCUCUGCCAAGCCUAGCACGUCCGAGCUAGUUGACGUCUACCAAACCUUACUCACUCGAGCGAAUAUUGGUGAAGCGCCUGCUCACAACGUGAUAGUCGUCGCCGAGUGGAUGCUCGUGAUUCCACGAGUUCGUCCAAAACAAGGUGGCUUGUCAGCCAACGCUGCUGCGAUGGUUGGCAUGGUGUGGGUUACCAAAACGGAUGUUCUUCAGGAGUGGUUAGAUCAUGGACCCAUGAGAGCACUUUGUGGCUUCGGGGUUGUCGAUGACAUGAACCUCUAG